AAAAAAUGUUUUGUCAAGGAAAUAAAUAUCAGUAACCGAUAGCUCUUUUAACGAAUAAUAACCGCCACAAGUACAUGUGUCAAGAUCCUUGUUUGUCGUUCACAUUCCCGCGUGACGGUUAAUAAAGAAUACUUAGAUAGUGCAGCUGAAUCACCGUCUAACGACUGUAAAUUCGAGCAAGAGAAUACGCCAGGAUGAAUGAAGCUAUAUUGCCUCCUUCGCCAAAUUGGUAUUUGAGCAAUAUCCUUGCUUGCUCUAGACGUGGAACUGUGGCAUGGGGCGCGAGGAACUUUGUCGUCAUUGCCAGGCAGAAAGAAGACAAUGUUAUGCAGUAUUCUGUAAUCAAGGAUUAUUUUAAAGACAAAGUAACUGCAUUAGCAUUUUGUCCUAAACUUGAUAAUCCAGACAGUCCAGAGCUGUUAAUCUGUGGCGGUGAUGAUACCAAAGCUAGAGUUUGGAAUGUGGAUACAUUGGAGUUGGUAGCGGAAUUUGCUUUUGUCGAUGGAAGCAAAUUGAUUGUGGGAGUUGACUGGUCAGCCAAAGAUGGAAAUCUUGCGUGUGCAGUGAAUUUGGAGGGUUGUUUAAUGUACUGUAAUAUACAGUAUAAGACUUCGAAAAUAGUAUCUCUAGGCAAACUAACUGCUACAUGUGUAGCUUGCUGUCCCCAUGACUCUAGUCUUGUAGCAAUAGGUACUAAAAGUGGACUAGUUUAUAUUGUUCAAAAAGAUACAAUAUUGUAUAGAAUGAGAGGACACAAUGAGGACAUAGUUAGUUUAUCUUGGUGUCCUUCAGACAUGAAUGUUUUAAAUGGAGGGAAUAGGAGAGAUUUACUUUUAGCUUCUGGUGCAAAAGAUAGAUCUGUAUUCAUUUGGAGAGCCGGUAGAGAUGGUAGAUAUGAGACUGCUUUAAAUAUACCAAAUACGCCUAUGGCUAUUUCAUAUAAAAGCAAGCUCAACACUCCAAAUGGUACCUGGAUUGCAGUAUGUUGGGCAGAGCCCAAUUUGCUUUUAACUAGUUCUCUUUGGGGUGAACUUCUUUCUUGGGAAUUUUCAAAGGGCAGAGAGAAACCCAAGUAUAAAUUGUUCCAUACAUUCCAUAAUAGAGGAUUAUUUUCGAUAGCUGCUGCACCCAAUUACGAUGGAAUAUCUGAUGAUUUGAAAACAAAUUCCGAGCUCAGAGUCUGGUCUUUAGCACAAGAUCGCUGGGUUAUAUGUUGCAAAUAUAACAGCGAUCCUACGAAAUCGGUGAUCCUGGAGCACAAGAUUCCUACACAAGGAGGAUUCGUCUACUGUAUGAACGCUUGUCCUAUUGAUACCUCACGUAUUGUAUUUGGCGUAGGAGACGCGAUGCUGCGUCUAUGGAACUUAUCUGAACCACACACAACGACUUUCGACGUUAUUAUGCACUGGCAGAAGAUAAAGGGAAAAAUAAGAGUGGUAUCGUGGUUCCCGGAAGAUGAAUCUAUCGUUGCUUUUGGUACUGGAGAGGGUCGCGUUGGCGUGUUUGAUGCAAUUGGAACCAACAAACAACCUAUAUUAUACCGACAGUAUCAUCGAAAUACCAUUUACAAACUCGAAUGGGCUCAACUUAAAGCAGAAUAUUUUUUGUUCUCUUGUGCAGAAGGAGAAUUAAUAGCUUACAAAAAAUCCGCACCGAACAAUGAACCUAUGUCUAUAAUAAAGGAAGGAUGUUUGGAAUUUUCAUGGAAAUCCAAUAUAUGCUUAGCAGUUGCAUUAGAAAAUGGGUCAAUUAUGUUCUACGAUCAGAAGCUGAGAAAACGUGGCAACUCAAUACACAUUUUAAGAAAUGUGGUGAAUUGUUUGGCAUGGCAUCCCGAAAGUACAAUGGCAGAUAAAUGGAUGUCACCGAUUGCCAACUAUUUGGCAGUUGCAUCUGAUUCAUGUAGUAUAAUGGUUUUUGAUAUGUCCAAGCUGAUAAAGAAAUUGGAAGCGACAGGUACCGAGGACAUCAUAGAAAACGAUCAGGAUUGCACGAUGCACAAGAUAGUAGCAACAUUAAACGGACACUCCGAUAAAGUGGUGUGCUUAGCUUGGAGUCCACAUUUCAGUGGGCAUUUAGUGUCUGGUAGCUACGAUAAUAUCGCACAGGUGUGGAACGUUGAAAAACAGGAAUUGAUGGGCACGUAUAUGGGUCACGAUGGACCUGUGCUAUGCUGUAUGUGGAGUCCUCUCAAACCACAGUUGAUAAUGACUGGCUCGUCGGACUUUACGCUACACAUAUGGAAUUAUACUUUAUCAGCACAAUCACCGAAGCAACCUUCUGACAUUAAGGCUUCGAAGAAAAAACAAAAACAACAGAAGAAGUUGAAAAAUAAAACGGAUGAUCAUGAAAAUAAUUCGACUAUAUCAACGAAUCCUGUUAAUCUAUCAUCUGCUGAAGUAAUCGCAAAACUUCAAGUAUCACAAUCGAAAAAGAAAGAUAAAAAAUCAUACUUUAAUAAAUAUAACAAAUUAAUAAAUGACAAAUCUCAAAUUCUGAAUUUCAUCAAGCAUGAUAUAAGAAAUAACCAAACCGAAAAAGAUGACACUUCUACAAACUUGUCUUUGUUUUGCGAAAAGAAGGAUGAUUUUUUGACACUCAUUUCUAAUGAAAAGUUAGCACAUGACAAUUUAGAUAUCGUUACUGAAUUAAAUAUGUGGUGUGAUGAUUUGGAAAGCAAUCUAAUUUGUGCAGCUAACGAUCAACAAUUAAAUGACUUUUUAGUAUCGCUUGCACCUAAUGUUUCCUUGAAAAUGUGGAGAGAAAUGUGCGAGGCGUAUGCUCAUCAAUUGAUACUGCAACACAAUCCGGAAAAAGCGGUGUCAUAUUUACUAGCUAUACAUAAAAUUCACGAAGCCGUAGAAGUAUUUAUAAAUGCUAAGCUGUUUAAGGAGGCUUAUGCACUUGCGAGAUGUAAAUUGGAUGAUGACGAUAUGUUUUUAAAUAAAAUAUUAGAAUCCUGGGCUGAAUGGGCCACUUUUAAAGGUCAUUUGGAGCAGGCAGCUCAUUGUCACGUAAAAUUGGGAUCCUUUGACAAGGCAGCAAAGAUUCUUUCUCAUCGAAAAGACUUAUAUUGUUUGGAGACAGCAUCAGAAUUAGCAUUUUUAAGUGGCGACUAUCUAAAUGUACACAUAGAUGCUCAUGAGACAAUCAUGAGUACGUUCUUAGAACAGACCGAGUUCGAUCUGAUGAAGAUGUGGUUGAAAGGAAAGGAAAAUAAUGGUAUACUACAAAUUCUUGAGGAAAAAUAUGGUACUUGUUACUACGGUCUCUUACGAAAGAAAGAUGAUACCAACAUUGUUCUGAGAAAUAUAACAAACGAUAAAGUGAUGCAAAUAAAUAUUAGUUAUCAAAUUGCCAUGGCGGCUACGUCCGAUAUGAAAGAGAUCCGAUUGAAACAUUUAACAACGGCAUUAGGUAAUGUGUUCGAAUUCGAAAAUAGAAUAUCGAACAUCGAAACAACGACAAAAGGAUUCUUCACGCAUGUUCUCACGAAAUUGGAUACUAAAAAACGAACGGAUGAGGAUAGCAUUUACGCAAAAAGCGAUUAUCCUAUAUCACAGAGUAUACGCGCUUAUUUAUGUAUCGGUAUUCUGAAUUGGUUAUUGAAAUAUUUAGAAAAACUAUCGGUUGAAGAAGAAUUGCAGUUUACGCAGUUAGUAUUAGAUUUGCUAGAUGAUGCCGUAAACGAAACAAAUAUGUCUCAUCAGAAUAAGAUUUCUAAAUAUAAUCAAUUGGAGGAUCAACUUAUGGCUCUUGCCGUAAGUCAUGAGGUGGAGACAAAAGACAAGAUCAAAAAUGAUGAUGAAUAUAGGAAUAUUGAGGAAGAAGCAGAGAAGCUCAAACUCGAUAUAAAUAAAUUCAAUGAAGAUCGAGUUUACAUACCUGAUCCUAACAUCGUUCUUCAGAAAUCUUGUUUUUUACUUGCUAAGAAAUUGAGAGAUAAUAACAAAAAACAACUUUCACGAUUUUUAGAUAAAUUUGGAGAAGACAUAAAAACGUUUGAAGAAAAUUUGCAAUCGGAAAAUGUCUUAUUAGAGUAUAACUGAUUAAAUAAAUGAAACAGUUU